AUGCCCAACGUUGGAGUGAAGGUGCCCGGAAUUCUGGCAUCAGGCACGUACAACGGCGCAGAAGUUAACCUCCUCCCUUACUUCAACGGCCAGCUUGCCUCCUCAAACAGGGGUGGCAGCUCUGGCGUAUCCGUCAACUUCCUGGACGGCGGCGGCGCGGCACCUUUGAUGAAGAACAUGCCUGCGAACGACGACAAGUCCAAGCAAUACUUUCUUCUUACCCACCUUUACCAAUUCUUCGGUGCUCUUCUCGGCUGCUCCCAGUAUGGGAUGACCGGAUUCCCCCGGUACGCCGGCUUUGCGUCCAUGUAUGAGGUUCAUAAAUUCAUGGAUCUUGACGAGAACGAGCUGGGAUACUUCAUCCAGCAGGUUGCCCUUGCCGGUGCUUCCUUUGGUGUAGCCCAGAACGACCUCGAGGCCGUCGGCAUGGCGCUGAACCAGCUCUUUGGCCUGCGCUGUAGCCCUGCUACUACAGCCAUCCCAGAGCAGGGCCCUCAAUUGCAGGCCAUCUGCAUUGAAGACAGCUGUCCCAUCUCCCCUAAUGCUACAUGCGCCAACUACCAACCAGCAAUUGCGCCCAAGAAUGCAACAGGAGUCGAGACAAACGCCACCAUGACUGGAUCAAACCCAACUGCGACAACAACCCCGAGCAUGGUACCGACAUCUGGGGCAGCUACUCAGGGAAUUAGCUUGGCUUUACUUGUUGCACUUAUUGCCUGUAUUGUUUGA